AUACAGAGAAAAUCUUAUAUUGCUUGUAAAAGGUCAACAAUCAAAUUAUGAUUCAAAUCUGAAGCUGAUCCGCAUGGUUGACCUUUCAAGUAAUAAUCUGACAGGAACAAUGUCUCCACAACUGUUCAGCCUCUCUCAGUUGCAUUUCUUGAAUCUAUCUCAUAACAGGCUAACAGGAACCAUACCAAAAGAGAUUGGAAACAUGAGACAACUGGAGUCUCUUGAUUUAUCCAAAAAUGAACUCACGGGACAGAUUCCUGAGAGCAUGUCCAGUUUGUCUUUCCUCGAUAAUUUGAACCUGUCAUUCAAUAACUUGAGAGGCCAAAUCCCAUCAGGGACCCAACUUCAGAGCUUCAGUGAGCUUAGCUAUAUUGGGAAUGCUGAUCUUUGUGGACCUCCCCUUCCCAAAAACUGCUCAAAUCAUGGAGAUGACACAAAGACUUUGGGUGAGAAUGAUGAUGAUGGUGAUGAAUCAGAUUUUCUGAGCUGCCUCUAUAUGGGCUUAGGAGUUGGCUUUGCUUCAGGCUUUUGGGGAGUUUGUGGUGCCAUUUUCUUCAGUCGCAAGUGCAGACAUGCUUACUUCAGAUUUCUGUAUGACUUGAGAGACCGAUUUUAUGUCCUGCUGCUAAAAAAUUUCAACUCCUUCCACUGAUAUCCAAUUCUCUGCAGCUUCUUUUGAGAAAACAUAAUACAUCAAGAUCUCAUCAGCAGCACUUACAAAAA